CUUAUAAGAGACCCUCUUUUUCAUAUAGGAGAUUGAAGUGACUGUCACUAUUGUGAUCAAUGUGUUUUUUACCAUAAGGAAAUCCCCAUUAAAAUGCGAAGAACAUUUCUCAGUCACCCAAGCACCUAUCGAACAUUCUAUGUGCUAAUGUACUUUGAAUAAAACUUGUAUCAAGGCCUACAGAAAUAAGAAAACUACUGCCAUUAGAGGGCUAGACUAGGUUGGUCCUUGUAUUAGUCAAACCUAUAAACAUUUAAAAAUUUGUGGGUAUAAGCUGAAAGGAUAAUGGAAGAGAUUUUAGAUGGGACCCUGAGAUGACCAUGCAUUGUUUUCAACGAGUAAGACCCCCAAAAUGGGACAAGAAGUUAAAAAAAUGUUAAAUUAAUUAAAAGAAAUUGACAGGAGCCAAUGAGAUUUCCACUUAGUCAGAAAAGAUGUUAUAUUUCAUUAUUAGGCCGGCCUCUCUCUGUCAUUGAUCUGGUGUCAAAAAAACAUCAUUAAUUUUCUCUGUCAGCCGUUAUUCUUCUAUUCCAGCCAGCUUUCAGAGAAAAGUAGGGAACUUAGUUGUUGGAAGUGGGGGUUUAUGGAAUAUUACUGCAACAUUAGCAGGCAAGUCUGGGAUUGAGUUAAGCAGUGAUGUGUAGGUUUAGUCCACAGCCAAUUCCCUCUAUCCAACGCAAAUUUUAAGAAACUUGCAUCCCUGAUGUAGAACUCCCUUGGGGGUCAGGAAGCAUGGAAGCUAGCAGCGUAAAAAUGGUGUACUCCAAGAGGAAUCACACUAAUGGUGAUGUAUCAACCGCAUCACAUAAUCAGGAAUUCUCUGAGGACAGGAAUACUAGUAGUGAAGCUCCUAUGUAUGGUGAAGUGUCUCCAUGCAAUGAAGCUUCCAAUGUUAAGAUUGCUAAGGAAAAUCAGGGAACUCCACAUCCUCGACAAAAUUCUGGCAAAACGAAGUUAAAAGAAAAUGGAUCUGAACCUAAAACUAGAAGAGGCCGUGGAAAAUCUGCAGCAGAUGCUACAGAUGUAAGAGGGAGAGUACAGAAGCGCAAGCAACAGAGUGGAAAGGAAAAUCAGGGAUUUAAUUUAAGACAUCAGGAAGAGGUAGUGUUAGAACAUAAACACAAGGAACCAAGAUUGGAUCAACCAAUGAAAAAACGAAGACAAAAGCAAGGUUCUAAAGCUGCUUCAGAGAGGGGCAAGGAUCAGUGUCCAAAGGUCAUGAAAAGUAGGAACACUGAACUGGAGACAUUGCCACCAACAAAUCAACCAAAUGGAAAGGGUACGAAGAGGUCAAGAAGAGUAGCACAAAGGCUGGCUUCAGAGGAACCUCCAGCUCCACCACUGAAGCUCCCAAGAUUAAAUCUUGUCCUUACUCGGAAGGAAAUCCAGGAAGACUGGUUACAAAUGACAGGCCACAAGUACACAGGAAAACCAAAGAAAUCAACUCUUAUCCAGAAGGGCCUAGGACUUUGUACAGCUUUGACUUGUCCAUCAUCUAUUGAAUACCUCAACGAACCUCAUUUUAUAUGUUAAAUAGUACCUGCCCAUAUCUGAGGAGAUGCUGAAGAGAUGCAUUGCUUAUAAAUAUAAAUUGUUGGCUAAAUUGUAUAUGGAUGAUGUGAAAUUGAGUGGCAUGGACAGUCCUAGUUUUCACUACAACAAAUCUCAAGGGAAGUAAAGAUUUCUAUGGAACUUGUAAGUGUUAGUCUAGAAUCUUGGAUGUUAUCAUUGUACUAUCAAUUUUUGCAUUUCAUAGGUCCACAGAAGAGUUGUUCUAUAGCUCACUCACAAUAAGUAGGUGGUGGCACCAAUAGCAAUCAAUAAGUGGGUGAUGGGUUGAUGUGGUUUCCAAUGGUCGAGUAGGCCGCCCUGGCUUGGCUGAUGGAUGCUCUGCCCAAUUUGCCUUUCUGCACCAUUACUAAUGGGGUUUACAGUAUAUGGUUUCUGGUAGACAUGGUUACAAGCAGAUAUCUGGAUUCUAAUACCUAAAUCCAAAAUUUGUCUAGACUUCAUCUUGUAGAAUGUGCCAAACAAGAGCUAUAUUGCAUCUCCCUUGAGAGCUCAAACAGUUCUUUUUCCUGGAAC